AGGGCCCGGCUCCCAGAAUGCACCUUGUGUCAACACGGCGGCUGAGGCGACUUCCAGGAGCGUCUGGGCCGUAUCGCUGACUGGAACGCAGCCUGAGGGCUAUCAGGCGGGGCUCGGGGCAUUGAGAGGCGACUGGAGCCAUGGCGGAGUCGGCACCUGCUCGGCACAGGAGAAAACGACGCUCCACUCCUUUAACUUCUUCCACACCUCCUUCACAAGCAACAGAGAAAAGCUCAUAUUUUCAGACCACAGAGAUCUCACUCUGGACAGUGGUGGCUGCUCUGCAGGCCGUAGAGAAGAAGAUGGAGUCCCAGGCUGCGCGGCUGCAGAGCCUGGAGGGGCGCGCAGGCACAGCCGAGAAGAAGCUGGCCGACUGCGAGAAGACGGCCGUGGAGUUUGGCAACCAGCUGGAGGGCAAGUGGGCCGUGCUGGGCACCCUGCUGCAGGAGUACGGGCUGCUGCAGCGGCGCCUGGAGAACGUGGAGAACCUGCUGCGCAACAGGAACUUCUGGGUGCUGCGGCUGCCCCCGGGCAGCAAGGGGGAGGCUCCCAAGAUGUCCAGGUCGCUGGAGAAUGAUGGUGUCUGUUUCACUGAACAGGAGUGGGAGAAUCUGGAAGACUGGCAGAAGGAGCUCUACAGAAACGUAAUGCAGAGCAACUAUGAGACACUAGUCUCUCUGAAGGUCCUUGGCCAGCCAGAGGGAGAAGCGGAGUUGGGUACAGAGAUGUUGGGUGACUUGGAAGAAGAAGGCCCUGGUGGUGCCCACCCACCAGACGGAAUCGUGCUCAGACAGGAGCUACAAUACCAGCAGGAAGGCUCUGCAGAUCUUCCUGGAGAGUUCUCGGGUGUCGCUGAAGAGCAGGCUUUCCUGAACCCAGAACAGACUGAACUCUGGGACGGUCAGGGUGGGUCUGUCUUCUUGGAAUCAGGCCCUGGAGACUCUAAUCUGGAGGAGCCUGUGGGCAGUAGAGACCCCAGCAGUGGCAGAAUUCUGGGCUGCCCCCCAAAGCAGAAAUAUCGUAGGCAGGUGCAACUGGGUCAGGAAUGUGGGCAGGGCCUGAAGCUAAAAAGGGAUGCUUCUGGCCCCUAUCAGUGUUCAGAGUGUGAGCUCAGCUUCCGCUACAAGCAGCAGCUGGCCACUCAUCUGCGGAGCCACUCAGGGUGGGAGUCUUAUACAGCUGCAGAGCCAGUGGAGAGCCUUCGGCCCAGGCCACGCCUUAAACCCCAGUCCAAGAAGGCAAAACUGCAUCAGUGUGAUGUAUGUCUGAGGAGCUUCAGCUGUAGGGUGAGCCUGGUGACCCAUCAGCGCUGCCACCUGCAGGAGGGGCCCAGUGCUAGCCAGUACAUCCAGGAGAGGUUCUCACCCAACAGCCUGGUUGCCCUGCCUGGUCACAUCCCUUGGAGGAAAAGCCGGAGUUCCCUCAUCUGUGGUUACUGUGGCAAGAGCUUCAGCCACCCAUCUGACCUGGUGCGGCACCAGCGCAUCCACACAGGGGAGCGGCCCUACCGCUGCACCGAGUGUGAGAAGAGCUUUGUCCAGAAGCAGCACCUCCUACAGCACCAGAAGAUCCAUCAGCGGGAGCGGGGUGGGCUGGCCUUGGAGUCUGGAAGGCCCAAUGGCCUGCUUUAAGGGUGCCAGCCCCUCGCCCGUCUGGGGGGCGGAGGGGGGUGGCAUUAGUCCCCCCAAGAGACACUGCAGAAUCAAGGACUGACUCCUUCCUAAAGGGAGUUGUUUCUGACUUGCCUUCCCUAACCAAAACCAGGCCAAACCUAAAUGCUUUGGUGAAAACCAGGUGGAAGAGGAGUCUGGGGCCAGGCCUUUCCCUGCUGUUGUGACCCUGCUGCCGGGGUUGCUAUCUCUUUGGGCUCCUCAGGUUUCUGGUUUCGAUUCCAGGCUGUCACUCAUGGGUUGGAGUUGGCAUUUUGACCCCAUGGGGACUGGUGGCCAGUUCUAGGGCCUAUACCAGUGUUUCCUGUCUUCCUGCAAGGUUGAAUCAGGCCACAGGAGUGGGCAGAUGCGUGGAAGAGUUCUGGGAAGCAUUAAUCUCCAUUUCCUCCUCUUCUGUAGUCUCUGUUAAUAAUAAGUAGAAGAAAUAAUUUAAAUGAACAGCUUACCUUGUUCUAAAGACCAUUUUUUGGAAUUAGAUUUUAGUUGACUAUAUAUAUAUAUGUACAUAUAUAUAUAUAUAUAUAUCCCAACACUUUAAAUUGAGAAAUUGUAGAAGUUGUUCCUAACAUGGGGACUGGGCCUACCCUCUGGGAGGGAAUAGUUUAUGGGGCUCUUUUAGCCCACCCACACCUUCUUAGGCCAGAGAACAGGGGACACAGUGCUGGGCUCUCUCUUCUUGGGGUGCUUGGUGCUCUUAAAUGGGGCUAAUUGUCUCUAAAGGACCAAGGGGAAGAGAGUAGCAUGGGUAAACCCAAAGCCCCUGCUAAGAGUAAAAAUUCCUAUAAAGUAGCUGAGGGUUCCAUUCUUGUGGGAGUUUUGAUGAGUCUCCAAGUCUCAUCACACCCUUCUCUUCCUCUGCCAACCCAGUCCUGUGGUUCUACAGCCUCCUGGGAUAGAAGACUACUUUGUUACUUAAGUUUGUUCAGCUUGUAUCAGUGUUUGUUUGUUUGUUUGUUUUUGACAUUUGUUCCUAUUACAGCAGUCAUCACUUAAAGUUGCUCAGAUUACAUUUGCCAAAUCUGUGCCAGAGAUGAUGGAGAAAAAGCACACAGAUGCUUGUCUCAGGAGUGUUGAAUUCCUGCCCUGCUGUUGCUAGGGAGAUGAGAAUGGGUUCUUGGAUCGCAUUUGAGCAUCCCCUUGGAUGAUUUGCCAUUGCCUAGAAUAAAAGUUGCUACUAGCAAAAAAAA